UAGAACAGAAAGCGUCGAGUCGGGUGAGUCUGAUUUUCUGAAGCCGUUGAACCGAUAAGAUUACAUUUUAAUGGUACAAUUCGCCCGAAGUAAAGUGACUUUUUAAUCAUGCGUAUUUUAGUAGUUUGUUUUGCUUUAAUUAUCGUUGAGAUCAACGGUUUUAUAAAUCAAUAUCCAAGGAUACAACAAAGGUUAGUUUUUGGAGAUGCUGGUGACCCAUUGUUCUUAACUCCGUAUAUAGAAAGUGGAAAAAUUAUAGAAGCUCAGAAAUUAGCAAAGGUGAAUCACGAGAGUUUUCAAGAUGUUGAAAGCUAUGCCGGAUACUUAACUGUUAAUAAAACAUAUAAUUCUAAUUUGUUCUUUUGGUUCUUUCCUGCUGAAUUAGACGCACCUAAUGCGCCAGUAGUUUUAUGGUUGCAAGGUGGUCCAGGUGCAACAUCUUUAAUGGGAUUAUUUACUGAAAACGGACCAUUUUAUGUAACGAAAAAAGGAUUAAAGAAAAGAAAGUACACAUGGUCCCGUAAUCAUAAUUUAAUUUAUAUUGAUAAUCCUGUUGGUACCGGUUUUAGUUUUACAGAAAAUGAUUUGGGUUAUUCAUCUAAUGAAUUUGAUGUAGGAUUGAAUUUGCUGCACUGCUUACAACAGUUCUUUUUAUUAUUUCCGCAAUUGCAAAAAAAUGAUUUCUUUGUAAGUGGUGAAUCUUAUGCUGGUAAAUAUGUACCUGCCGUAAGUUAUGCAAUUCAUGUUAAUAAUCCAUCAUCACAAGUUAAAAUUAAUUUGAAAGGAUUAGCCAUUGGCAAUGGUCUUUGCGAUCCUGAGCACCAAUUGAAAUAUGGCGAUUAUUUGUAUCAAUUAGGCCUUCUAGAUGCAUCAGGACGUGAUUUGUUCCAUAAAUAUGAGGAUAUUGCUGUUGAAGACUUGAAGAAAAAGGAUUUCAUUGCAGCUUUUAACAUAUUUGAUGAAUUGCUCAAUGGCGAUAUGACAACUCAGGGGUCAAUAUUUCAAAAUUUAACAGGUUUUAAUUAUUAUUUCAAUUACUUGCAAACUGAUGAUGAUUCUAAAAUGGAAUAUAUGGGUGCAUUUAUUCAAAGGGAAGACAUACGAAAAGCAAUCCAUGUUGGAAAUUUGCCUUUCAAUGUUGAUAAGAAAGUUGAGGAACAUUUGAAGGCUGAUGUUAUGGAUACCAUUGCACCACAGUUAAUUGAACUUCUUUCUCAUUAUCGUUGUUUGAUUUAUAAUGGCCAGCUAGAUAUUAUUGUAGCAUACCCUUUGACUGUUAAUUACUUACAGCAACUUAAUUUUAGUUCUGCAACACUAUACAAAACUGCUGAACGCAAACCUUGGAUUGUCGAUAAGCAUAUAGCUGGAUAUGCUAAAGUAGCAGGAAAUUUAACAGAAGUAAUGGUUCGAAAUGCAGGGCAUAUGGUUCCGACAGAUCAACCAAAAUGGGCUUGGGAUCUCAUUACACGUUUUACUAAUAAUAAACCAUAUAAUUCUACUGAGCAUGAAGUGAGUGUUUCAAAUUUACCUCACAUAAGUGAGCGAGAAGCUGAUGGAGGCGAUAUGGACCCUAGCGUUCAUCCAUCAGCCCAAACAUUGUUUAUGGAACGUUCUCAACAAUUUGUUGAAAAUGGUAUUACAAGGAAAAAGAGUCAACAGCAAAUAUCAGAAUUGAAAAAGUCUACAUCAGAUUUGAGAGUAUUAAAAAAGAGUAGCUCGUGCUCCACAAUAUAUCUUGAUGAUAGCACUGUUACACAACCAAAUUUAAAGAACACUGUGAAGUGUGUUGCGCUUGCUAUUUAUUAUCACAUCAAAAACCGUACUAGUGAUAGAUCAUUAGAUAUUUUUGACGAAAAGUUGCAUCCUUUAACAAAGGACCCAGUAUGUGAUAAUUAUGAUAAACAAAAUCCUGAACAUAGGCAAAUUUAUAAAUUUGUCAGAACAAUGUUCAAUGCUGCACAGCUCACUGCAGAAUGUGCAAUCAUAACAUUGAUUUAUUUAGAAAGAUUGUUGACUUAUGUAGAACUUGAUGUUUCUGCUGCAAAUUGGAAAAGAAUUGUAUUGGGUGCUAUUUUGCUCGCCAGCAAGGUCAUGGAUGAUCAGGCUAUAUGGAAUAUUGAUUAUUGUCAAAUCUUGAAAGAUUUAACCAUAGAAGAUAUGAAUGAACUUGAAAGGCAAUUUUUAGAAAUGCUACAGUUCAAUAUUAAUGUUCCAUCAAGUGUUUAUGCCAAAUAUUACUUUGAUUUAAGAACAUUAGCAGAAGCGAAUGAUCUCUCAUUUCCUAGUGAACCACUUAGCAAGGAUCGAGCUCAAAAACUUGAAGCCAUGUCUUUGGUAAUGCAAGAUAAAAUUACACAAGAAAUGUUAACAAACGGACUCAAAAAGUGGUCAAGUCUCGAUAAUAUGAACAAUCCUGGAGGCCAUCGCAAAAGUGUGGCAAUCUUGUCAUAAUUUUCUAUUAAGUAUUUUUAUACUAUUAUGCACAUAAUUACUUACAAUUAAAACUAUUUUGAUAAAGAAUUUGCAAAUGAUGUGUAUGUAAUUAUUCCGCAUUCUUAUGCAAUAUUCCUUUGCAACAUGCUACUGUAAGACAUUUGAUAUAAAAAAUUAUAUAUUGUAUAAAAUUUACAACUUGUUAGUCAAUUAC